AUGUGCUUUCUCAAAGAUGAUCCUGAUAACAGCGACUCUGGCGACCCUCCCAGACUGGCGCGCCAAAACCCCCGCCGGUCUCAUCGACGAGACCGUCGCCCUUCUCUACACCGCAGCCCAACUCCUCCAGACGUAGAAUUGCAACCCUUGAGCAGCCAAGCGCAGCUCCGGCAGAACGGAGAUCGUUCGGCAUUGGCCACAUCGCUCAACCAGUGGGACUACAUGGUCCAGCCUCCUCCGCGAAACCCCUACGGUGCGCCUGGAUCAAGCGGUUCAUUCUACGAAGUUUUAUACAGGCACUCUAUAGUCACCAGGCUCAGGGUCCUCAAGAAAAGCACAGAGCUAGUUGUGGAAUACAUUAACCUCAGACAAGACCCGCGGCCGCCUGGUACGAGACCCUACGCCAGCCAGUUGCUGCUGGCCUUUUGGAACGACACGCUCUACCUGCGUGGCGACCGCCUCAGGAGGCUGCGAUUCGCGGAGGUGACCGAGCCAAGCGCCAGGGAGAUUCGAAAGCCCGUGUAUCACAUGAUGAAUGGCGGCAGUGUCAAGCAUCCGCUACACGUCAACAACUGGUCCCAGGACCCACGCGAGCAGGAUGCGUUCGAGAUGGUUGAGAAGUCCAAGCUUGGAAAGAUUGCUACUUACAUGUUGGACGCCAUUCGUGAGCAGGAAGGUGGGGAGAUUGCCGUCGUGCGAUUUGAAUUUGACCCCACAGGUAAAGUCAAGUUCGACCUUGGUAUUGUCUUUGGGCAUCGUCCUAUUCAGCCGGAUGGCAAUGAAAUUGAGGCUUCGGUGGCGUCGUCAUCGAGAGGAUAA